GGGAUGUCGCCUCCUCUGAUUCUCCCAAUGUCGCCAUUGUAGUGCUGCUAUACCCGAUUUUUGGUUGAGUGGUUUUUUUUGGCGAAAUUUUAUACCUCUGUUGUGGGGUUUUCCCAAACCAUAAAUAUUUCUGUUGUGGGGGUGGGUGUUUGCGGUUAGGGUUCUUCGAGUUCGAGGGGCGACAGCUUCAGCGAAAUGGGACUUUUACGGCAACUGGAAAGGAUGCAGGCUUCUCUGGAGAUACCUGCAUAAGCAUGUUAACGAUUAGGAGUAGCCCAGGAACAGGGGACCUUGUUGUUGUGAAGUCAUUACUCGAAUUAGAUUAGAUACAAGGGCUUAUAAUCUGCAAAUGUUUUGGCAUGCGGUUAUAGUUACUCAAAAUUAGUAGAUAUGAUCGUGCGUAUUUUUUUCCCCAUUGUUCAGAUUUUAGAAGAGAUGUUUGCCGUGGCUGCAAAUAGUUUCUCAACUGCUGUGCGGUUAUCUGAAUUGCCUAUGCUUUCCCUAACCCUUGAUCCGAAUCCUGGUCAGUUUAAAGUGCAUCCUGGAGGGCUUUCAUGGAAGAAACAAGGAGGAAACGUGAUCCACAUUGAUAAAGUUGAUGUAACUUCUGUGACAUGGAUGAAAAUCCCCAGAUGUUAUCAGCUUAAAAUCAGGACCACAGAUGGCCUGGUUUACAUGUUUAGUGGUUUUCGCGAACAGGAUACAAGCAACCUGACCAACUUCAUGCAAAAGAAUAUGGGCAUCUUACCAGAUGAAAAACAGCUCUCUGUUACCGGUCAUAACUGGGGAGGGAUUGAUAUAGAUGGAAGCACGCUCACCUUUAUGGUUGGUUCAAAGCAAGCAUUUGAAGUUUCUCUACCAGAUGUCGCACAAACCCAGAUGCAAGGCAAAACAGAUGUUCUCUUGGAGUUUCAUGUUGAUGAUACUACUGGGGCUAAUGAGAAAGAUUCGCUCAUGGAGUUGAGUUUUCAUGUACCUAUGUCAAAUACUCAAUUUGUUGGAGACGAGAACCGCUCGUCAGCCCAGAUUCUGUGGGAAACAAUACUGGGAGAAGUUGAUGCUGGUUCUUCUGAAGCGGCAGUUUCCACCUUUGAAGGGAUAGCUAUUCUUACACCCAGAGGACGAUACAAUGUUGAGCUUCAUCUUUCAUAUCUGCGACUCCAAGCACAAGCUAAUGAUUUUAAAAUCCAAUACACCAGCAUUGUUCGCCUCUUUAUUUUGCCAAAGUCAAACAAUCCUCAUACAAUGGUGGUUGUCACUCUUGAUCCGCCAAUCCGUAAAGGCCAAACGCUGUACCCUCACAUUGUUAUUCAGUUUGAGACAGAGACAGUAGUUGAAAUAAAUGUGAAAUUAAGCACAGAGCUUCUGGCUGAAAAAUACAAAGAUAGGUUGGAGGAAUCUUAUCAGGGUCUAAUACAUGAGGUAUUCAUCAAAGUUCUGCGUGGUCUAUCUGCUGCUAAAGUCACAAGGCCGGGUUCUUUCAGAAGUUCCCAAGAUGGAUAUGCAGUUCAAUCAUCACUGAAAGCUGAAGAUGGACUGUUGUACCCACUUGAAAAGGGUUUCUUCUUUCUUCCGAAGCCCCCUACGCUCAUUCUAGAUGAAGAGAUUGAGUUUGUUGAAUUCCAACGCCUUGGUGCUCGGGGUGCCGGUAUGUCAUCUCACAAUUUUGACCUCCUGGUAAAGUUAAAAAAUGAUCAAGAGCAUCUCUUCAGAAAUAUUCGAAGGAGUGAAUGCCAGAACCUCUCGAACUUUAUCAAUGGGAAGCACUUGAAAAUGAUGAACCUUGGAGAUGGUCAAGGUACAAGUGGUGGGGUUACAGAUGUUAUACAUGACUCCGGUGAUGAUACUGUUGAUCCACAUCUAGAGCGAAUAAAAAAUCAGGCCGGGGAUGAGGAAAGUGAUGAAGAGGAUGAAGAUUUUGUUCUGGAUAAAGAUGAUGGCGGAUCUCCUACUGAUGAUUCUGGUGGAGAUGAAUCAGAUGCUAGUGAAAGUGGGGAUGAAAAGGAGAAAUCAUCCGGAAAGAAAGCCAGCAGUUCAAAGCCACCUGCGAAGAGGAAGCCUAAGGGUGGGGAAGGCGAAGAUUCAGAGAAAAGGAAACGGAAGAGCAAGAAAGAUCCUAAUGCCCCUAAAAGAGCAAUGACACCAUUCUUGUGUUUCUCAAUUUCUGAGCGAGCAGCUGUGAAGGGUAGCAAUCCCGAUUUACAUUCAAACGAGAUCACAAAGAAGCUCGGACUGAUGUGGCAGAAGAUGUCAACCCAAGAGAAACAACCUUACAUCCAGCAGUCCCUGGUCGACAAGAAACGCUACGAGGAGGAGUCCGCGGCCUACCUUGGCGCCAAUCUGGCGGACGAGGACCCCAUAUCCGCCGACGACUAGACUCAAGACACACGACCGAUGAAUUUGUUGCUUUCUGGUGCGGUUUGGGCUCUGAAAUCGUGCGUUCCAAUCCCAGCUCGCGCUGGAUCAGUCGUGUUGCUGUGUACAGUAUAGUAUGGGCUGCCAGUCCUCCCGAAAGAAUUCGAGUUGUCGGCGGAUAAUUGCAUGCAGGCAUUUUAGCAGCUGGAGCUGAUUAUCGUUUUCGAAGUUGGUUAUUGAAAAUUAGAUCAAAGGAAGGAAAUGAGUAUUAUGUAGUCAGCUUCAAUUUAUAUA